AUGUCGUGCAUACAACAGGUUUCGAGGAAUUUUGUACGAAGUGGUUUAAAAAUUAAUCCGAAUUUGAUAAGGCAAUCUUCUACCACUCCAAAACCCGGCGUUAAUUUUGCUUUGAACGAAACCCAGAAAGAAUUUCAAGAACUAGCUAGGAAAUUUACGAGGGAGGAAAUCAUACCGGCCGCAGCCGAGCUCGACAGAACGGGAAAAUACCCAUUUGAACUACUUAAAAAGGCAUGGAGUCUGGGCUUAACCAACAACCACAUACCCGAGGAAUACGGUGGCAUGGGCAUGGGCGUAUUCGAUGGUUGCCUAAUAGCCGAAGAAUUCGCUUACGGAUGUACCGGCGUUAAAACAGCCUUGGAAGCCAGUCAAUUAGGCCAAACGCCCGUUCUUAUAGCCGGCAAUCACGAGCAAAAGAAGAAAUACCUAGGCAGGUUAAUCGAAGAGCCUCUAGUGGCUGCUUACGGAGUCACCGAACCCGGAGCGGGUUCCGACGUAAACGGAAUAAAAACUCGAGCUGAAAAAAAGGGGGAAGAGUGGAUUCUUAACGGACAGAAAAUGUGGAUCACUAACGGUGGAGUUGCUAAUUGGUACUUUGUACUGGCUCGUACUAAUCCCGAUCCGAAAGCGCCUGCUAGUAAGGCUUUUACUGGAUUUAUCGUGGAGAGAGAUUGGCCUGGAGUUACACCAGGAAGAAAGGAAAUCAACAUGGGUCAAAGAGCUUCCGAUACCAGAGGUAUAACGUUCGAAGACGUGAGAAUCCCCAAAGAAAACGUGCUGUUAGAAGAAGGACAAGGUUUCAAAAUCGCCAUGGGAACUUUCGAUACUACGAGACCACCGGUGGCUGCCGGCGCGACAGGUUUAGCUCAACGCUGCUUGGACGAGGCCACUAAAUACUCCUUGGAAAGAAAAGCUUUCGGUGUGCCGAUUUGUCAGCACCAAGCCGUGGCCUUCAUCUUGGCUGAUAUGGCGAUAGCCGUGGAAACGGCUCGUUUGGCUUGGAUGAAAUCGGCUUGGGAGGUGGACAACGGGAUCAAGAACACCUUGGCAGCUUCUAUAGCCAAAUGUUACGCAUCUGAUGUAGCCAACAAGUGCGCCUCUGACGCGGUGCAAAUAUUCGGUGGUAAUGGGUUCAAUACGGAGUACCCGGUAGAGAAGCUCAUGAGAGACGCUAAGAUUUAUCAAAUUUACGAGGGAACCUCGCAGAUACAGAGGAUGAUUAUUUCUAGAAAUAUUCUUGAAAAGGCUAAACAAUCUGCUUGA